CAUAAAAAGGAAGGUGUGAUGUUCAGAAAAGUACAAAUAUCUCUUACAAAGCUAAAUGAAUUGGCAUAGGACGAUGUUCAAAUUUCAAUUGUCUUCUCCUUUCCUCCACGCCCGUGGGCCACCGAUUUGUCGUACCGUUGUCCCACUUACCCAUUGUAAAUUUCCACAAUCCCGUCAUUUCAAUUCAGUGCGCUUCCAGUUCCCAUUACCAAAGUGGAUAUGAAUCGCUUCCGAUUACUCCACUAGCCCCGUUCCUCAGUUGUAGGAAUCCCUGAGGAGUUUCGAAAAUUUUCUGUUGGAAAAACCAUGUGCCCGCUGAAGCUCCGCCCUGUGUUGGUGCUUCUGAUUCUGGGUUUAGUGGGACGGCCAGUGGCGUCCAGCGGCGGCGGCGGCGGUCGUGGUGGUUCCGGGAGUUGUGGGUUUCCGGCGGUUUACAACUUCGGCGACUCGAACUCGGACACCGGAGGAAUAUCGGCUGCUUUCAAUGUGAUUCAGUCACCCAACGGCGAAACAUUCUUUGGACAUCCUUCUGGGAGGGCUUGUGAUGGCCGUCUCAUUAUUGACUUUAUUGCUGAGAAGCUGAAAUUACCUUACCUGAGUGCAUAUCUAGACUCAGUAGGAACAAGCUUUAGGCAUGGAGCUAAUUUCGCAACAGGAGGUUCGUCGAUUCGUCCCGGUGGUUACAGCCCUUUCCAUCUUGGCAUUCAAGUAUCGCAGUUCAUCCAAUUCAAAUCUCGCACCACCAAUCUAUAUUAUCAACUUCGCUCCAACAACAGGACAUCUCUACCAAUCAAAAGCAGUAUCGCAAGGCCUGGGGAGUUCUCGAAGGCGCUAUAUACGUUCGAUAUUGCACAGAACGACCUUUCCUAUGGUUACCAACACUCAUCAGAAGAACAAGUCAGAGCUUCCAUUCCGGAUAUACUAAACACAUUCUCUGAAGCUGUUCAACAACUAUACAAGGAAGGGGCAAGAUAUUUCUGGGUGCACAACACAGGUCCACUUGGAUGUCUGCCUUUCAAUAUAUUGUAUAACAAAAACCCGAACAAUCUCGACAGCAUCGGGUGCGUGAAGAGUCAAAAUGAAGUCGCUCGAGAACUCAAUUGGCAGCUGAAGAAUCUGCUGCUAAAUUUGAAGAAAAUGCUUCCUCUAGCAAGAAUUACGCACGUAGACAUGCAUUCAGCCAAGUAUCAGCUCAUUAGUAACGCGAAAACUCAAGGUUUUGUUAACAAUCCAGUGAAGUUUUGCUGUGGGAGUUACUAUGGGUUUCACAUAAACUGUGGGAAGAAGGAAGUUGUGAAUGGAACAGUUUAUGGGAGUCCUUGCAAAGAUCCAUCAAGGCAUAUUAGCUGGGAUGGCAUACACUAUUCUGAGGCAGCAAAUUUGUGGAUUGCUAACCACAUUUUGAAUGGCUCUUUUUCAGACCCACCAUUGCCAAUUCACAAAGCUUGUCAAGCUAUUACUAAUAAUGCAUGAUAAUGACAGUUUAAGUUUGAUGAUUUUUUGUUUUCUUGAGCAAGAAAAUAUAAGCCACAUCUUUAGAAAAACAACAUAUUUGAUCAUAAUUGAUUCUCCACUGAUUUUACUUGUUUCUUU